AUAAAAUAACAGUUACAGGACGUGCGAGGGAACAUAGUGCAUUGAUCGACAUUGCGAAUAAUAUAAUUGACGUCGAAUAAUAGACCGGUGCAUUAUAUCGAAAUCACGCGACACUAUUCCACCUGGUGCAACAUCCUGCAGUUGAACUAAAUAAUCUAACGAGCUCACGCACAAUAAACGAUGCUCUCGCGGACCAUUAUAUUUGUUUUUCUUAUAAAAUUCUCUGCUGCUCAAAUUAAUGGAGAAUUCUGGUGGUUAAACGACAAACUAGCAAGCAUCCAAGGAGUACGACCGCCCCCUCCGAAGUUCGAAAAUUUAACGGAAUUCGAUACAGACGAAAGUGCUAAAAUCGUGUUCAGAGAUGACAAUCUUAUUGACGGUGUUGUGGAAUCUUCGGAAAGUAUAAGUUUGAGUAAAGAUGACAUCGAGAAAGUGAAUGAUAAAGUUGGAAAUAAUUUUAUUAAAUGGCCUGAAAAAGAUAAAUUUGAUCAGAAUGACCGACAAGACAAAUCAACAGAAAAACAAACCGCUACACCAGAUGUAGAAGACAAGUUUGUUUUUAAAUUCCCAGAGAACGAUAAUUUUGUUUGGAAAGAUUUAAUGAAUAUAACUGUUGCUACAACUACUAUUUCGGUUCUUACUACUGAAAGUCCUAUUACCAACAAUAAUACUAUUCCAUACAACGAUAGACUAUCGUUCAAUACUAAAUAUAAAGAAAAGCAGUCGGAACAUAUUUGUACUUUUAUGAAAAAAACUGAAUGCAAUCGGAGCAAUGGAGUCGUGUUGGAUAUCAAGGCAACUGACAAACUAACUACUGAUCUUCAUAAAAUAUGCUGCGUUCUACCCUUACGUGACGUAGACGAAACGAAUUCAAAGAUAAUUUUCCCUGAUGCUAUAAAGAAACUUAAACGUCCCAGAAGAUCUAACAAGGAGAAUUUUGGUCUAAAGCAAAGACAGAUUCUAUUACAGCGUAAAUAUACAUCACAAAGUCAACAAAGCCGCAAACCAAAGCCAGCUACACAGACCAAGGUCGCUUCACCAGACUUGGAUUAUGACGAUCCCUAUUGGAACGUUAAAAAUGUUAAACCACCGAAUAAACAGAAACAAAUACCGGACACAAGAUACGAUUACAUUACGGAUGAUUACAUUGAGGAUUACGCAGCGGAAUUGCCGAAACCCGGCCUUACAGGGCUAUAUUCUGAUCAUGGACAACCUCCUCCAGAGUGGGCGUUUGUCAACAAACAUAAAGCCACUGGCUAUGGUGCUGGUGAUGACUAUGAAAAUGAUGAUGGAGGUUCCUUCGGAUACUCUACAAUCGAUCCGAGACUUGGUAACACGAACAAAAAAUCGAAACCACGAGUGAAGCCUAUCAAACUUACGACAGCGUCGGAAGAGUCCAAUUACAAUGUAGAGAGCCAAACCAUCAGCUAUCAGUCUAACCCAAACUUCAAUGUGUUACAAGACUUCAAACUGCUCAAUUUAAUGAGGAAUAAAAGUCAUAAGCCGUCUUCCAUAGCAAGAACAACUACUACAGAAAGUUUCACAGAUGAAAGUAGUGAAACAACACUUGACGGGUCUUUUUCGGCGAGCCCUGAAGCAAAUGAUGACUCUGAUGACCAAAUAUUUCCUGAUUGUGGGAAAAUAUCUAAAACAUUUAAUUUCAAAAAUAAAGGACUCUGGAACCUCAACGCAAAGGCUGCGUCUAGGAGCCGCAUCAUUUCCUACCACGUUCAUCCCCAGUACAAACACGAUGAAAUUAAAAACAACUUGGCUAUUUUGCAUUGGAAGCGAUCAUUCAAACUUGGUCCAAACAUACAUCCAGUUUGUCUCGAUGCUCCACGCUUAGGUGAUGAAUGCAUUUUCGUUGGAUGGGGCGGAUUCGAUCAAGUAUUUAAAUCCAUUGCAAUUUGUGACUUGUACAUACGUAGGGAUAGUGCAGUACCUAGCCGAGUAAAAUGUGUGGAUCCCGUACAAAGAGAUACGGUUUCAAUUAGGCACGUACCAAUAACAAAUUUUAGUAGUAGCGAUGCGUCCAAAGUCUCGUUGGCAGCGCGCCUCGCUGCACUCUUGCAACGGACGGCUGUCACUCAAAGGUAUCAACAUACCAAACAACGCUUUGUGUGCUUCCGUACAGGCGCGCGGUACUGUGGAGUUGGUGGUUCCCUGAUAUGCAACAAGCACGGGCGACAGGCGGCGGUGGCAGUGGCAGUGUCCCGCGACAGUACUCUGGUACUGCUGCCUAUAAAGGACUGGCUGCAGCGAGCCAUUGCUGUACUAGACGACUAG